GAACUGAGGUUUUGAUUCCUUUGUUUUUAUAAUUUUGUUAAACACUUUCUCAUAGUACUUAGGGGUUAAGUACUGGUUAGCUCGAGGGAUUCGUAGUUGUUUAAGUCCAUGCCUGUGUGGCUAGAGAAGUAGCUGUUAUGAUCGCGUAUAACUUUGGCUAGGCUAUGAGGGGGUCCAAGCCGCAUAAGACCAAACUGCACAUCCGUGCAUAAACGAUCUAUUAAUGAAAGAUCUCUGAGGGGUAGUGGGACGCCUCCCGAAGAAUUUUUAUCUUCUUUUGUGCUUCCACAAUUUAUUUUAUCUCUGUGUCGCAAUACAACUGCCUACUCUACGCCAUAUCCUCGUUUCAAAACUAUUACAUAGUUAAUACUAGAAUUAAUGAAAUAAUAAAUAUUAAUCACGAUUGAGUAAUUGCUUGGUUGUUCCUUAAUUAGCAAGUCCAGUACCAUUCAUGUAUAAAUGAUCUGGGUCAUAACAAUAUAAUUGUAAGUGUAAGAAAUUGUCAAUGAUCACAGAAGAUAUUGCCAAAUCUCAGUUGUUCAAAUUUUCUUACUUUUGUGCCAUACAUAUGCAUAGGAUCAUACAUACACUUCUCCCAUACCAUAUCUAUAAAUCAAACAAAAACUCUCCAAUCAGAGCCUGCUACAAACUUUUGUCAUUGUCUCAAGAAUCUCUCUUUUUCUGGUCCCCUUUUUCACAAGGCUCUCACAUUACUUCUUCACACUUUCCAUCAUAAACAAAAAUCCUAUCAAGAUAGAAGACUCAUUGUUUGUUUUUCUUUUAAAGGAAAUUAUGGCUGAAACACACACUUUUUUGCUGAUGAUCUUCACAUUGCUUAUGCUAAUCCAACUAACCUUCUCAUGGAAAGCAACCCCACCAUUGCCAAUUUUGCCCCUGCCAUCAUAUUCCCAGUUAAAAUGGCAGCAAAGGGAGAUCAUAAUGUUCCUUCAUUUCGGCGUCAACACCUUCACGGGCUCUGAAUGGGGUACUGGGCAGGAAAGCCCAUCUGUUUUUAACCCAACGGGCCUCGAUGCCAACCAAUGGGCCGAUGCUGCGGCCCAAGCCGGUGUCUCGUUGAUGAUACUCACGGCCAAGCAUCAUGAUGGGUUUUGCUUGUGGCCUUCAGAGUACACUGAUCACUCUGUGAUUAGAAGCCCUUGGAAAAAUGGCCGUGGAGAUGUUGUGCUAGAGUUUGUUAACGCAGCCAAGGCCCGUGACAUAGAUGUGGGCUUGUACCUUUCGCCGUGGGACCGUCAUGACCCAAGAUAUGGACACGUGGAGCUUUACAAUGAGUACUAUUUGGCUCAAUUGCAAGAACUUCUCAACAGGUACGGAAAUGUGAGAGAGAUAUGGUUCGAUGGGGCAAAAGGGUCGAAUGAGACGAACAUGACGUAUUUUUUCGAAGAUUGGUUUUCAAUGGUGAAGGAGCUGCAGAGCACGAUCAACAUAUUUUCGGACGCGGGCCCGGACGUCCGGUGGGUCGGGAACGAGAAGGGCUACGCGGGAAGCACUUGCUGGUCCACCAUUAACGCCACGUCAUUAUCGAUAGGCAAAGCUAGCAUUACUGGUUAUCUCAACACUGGGGAUUCAAGAGGGACUAAUUGGCUGCCAGCAGAAUGUGACGUUUCCAUCAGAGAAGGCUGGUUUUGGCAUAAAUCACAAGAGCCCAAAAACCUAAGUGAACUGCUACAAAUUUACUACAACUCCGUGGGUCGAAACUGCGUUCUGCUACUAAACGUGCCACCAAACACCACCGGUUUGAUAUCCGAAUCCGAUGUACAAAGACUGAAACAAUUCAGAGGAGCAAUCGACACGAUAUUUUCCUCUAAUUUGGCCGAAAAUUGUUCACUCGAAGCAAGUAGCCAACGCGGGGUUAGAGGUGGAGGCUUUGGGCCCGAAAACGUUUUGGACGACGACCACUUGUGGACCUAUUGGGCCCCGAGGGAGGAAGAUAAAGAAAACUGUUGGAUUGAGAUGAGGCCCAAAAGUGGAAAGGUUAAGUUCAAUGUGGUUAGGAUCCAAGAGGCAAUAGGAUUAGGGCAGAGGAUUAAGAAACACGAGAUUUACGUUGAUGGGAUUAGGGUCGCGAAAGGGAGCACGGUUGGGUAUAAGAGACUUCACAGACUUGAAAUGGGAGUUGUGAAUGGGUCUAGUGUGAGGAUUAAGAUUGUUAAAGCAAAGGGAGUGCCUUUGAUUUCCUCUUUAGGGCUCCACUUUGAUCCCUUUUGGAACACAAACUAGCUUUCCACAUUAUAUUUCUCAUGUUAAGGCUGUUUGUUACUGUGUACACAAAAGCCAUGAAUAAAAGCAGCAGAUAUCAAAAGGUGAGAGUCACAAACAAGUGGAAACAAUUAUGAUUUGAGCAUGUAUUCCAACUUCAUU